UCUAACGGCAUUUCUGGCCUAAUUUGGCAGGUCUUUUGGCUUCCAAGCUCAGCUAAAUUUUGGCCAACCUGGAAUUCCUGGCUUGUUUGCUAGCCUUCCAAGCUUCUUCAACGACGCCGGGUCCGAUUGAAAAAGGCUUUUGACUGAUUGUCGUCGUCUUAUUGAUUGUGGUGGUUCUCGCCGUGGUUUAUCUUGACUGAGUGAUCUCCUCCUCAUCGCCUUGAUUGAGGUCGGCCGGGAUCAUGGGUGAUACGGAGAUGACCAAUAACGUGUCGGAAGAUGACCGGAAAUUGUUCGCAGGUGGUUUGCCCCAAGAGACCACGGAAGCCGAGCUCAAAGAGUAUUUCGGACAAUUCGGUACGGUAGCUUCGGUGAAUAUCAAGAUGGACGCCAUGACGGGUCGGAGUCGCGGGUUCGCCUUUAUUGUUUACGAGGAUGUGAGCUCUCUGGACAAGGUGCUCAAAGACGAGUUCCACAACUUUAAGAACAAGAAGGUGGCCGUGAAAAAAGCGGCUUCCAAGCAGGGCAAGAUCUACGUGGGCAAGUUCAACACACCAAUUACGGAAGACGAAAUUAAGCAGCAUUUCAGCCAGUACGGCAACGUGGUCGAGGUGCAACGACCCGUGGAUCGCAGCAAAAACAACGAACCCAAGAACUUCUGCUUCGUGACCUUCGAGAAGGAAGAGACAGCCAACACCCUGCUGAAAAAGGCCUCUGAGAGUGUCCACGGGCAAGAGGUGGAGCUGAAAAAGGUCACGCUCAAACAAGAAGGUGGCAUGCGCGGAGGUCGGGGCGGUGGUAUGCGCGGGGGUAUGGGUCGCGGACAAGGCGGUCACGGAGGCUGGGGUGGCGGCUACGACGCAUGGGGUGGCUAUGGUGGCGGCUGGGGUGAUUACGGCGGUUGGGGCGGCUACGGCGCCGGCGGUUGGGGUGGGGGUCAAGCGCAAGGAGGCUGGGGUGCUUAUGGUCCCGGGGCUGGGGGUGGCGGCAAAAUGGGUAUGGGUGGCGGAUACCAACGAGGUGGACGCGGUGGCCGAGGAGGUGGCCGGGCCGCUCCUUAUUAGAUCGCAAUCUCCGUCUUUCCCCUGUUUCUCCUCCUCCGUCGACUUUUCUCCACCCCUCUUUUGCCUCCGCCAUUACUUCUUCCCUCUCUCCUUAACUCACUUGGCCGAUUGAACUCGAGAAUUGCUGGCAGGCGGUGGGAAAGUGACGACCAAUCCAUUUUUUUUUCGUUUUGUUCCUUGUGUUCCCGAGGUCCAGGGGGAACCUUGCCCUUCGUCACAAACGCCUUGGAAGGCACACCCUUAAUUAAAGCCGAAAGACGCGUGUUUUUGGCCCAUCCUCUUGGACCUGGGAGUCUCAGUAGCCGCUAGUUCCAUCAUCAUCCUCAUCAUCAUCCUCGUGUCCCAGGUUCUCCGACUUUGAAGAUGACCCACUUCCCCGUGGGCGCGAGCGAGGGCGUCCUUGCACAAGUAUUAGAAACCGCUGCGGAUAUUUGUGUGUCAUCAGUGUACUCCUCCUCAUGGAAUCAUCCUGCCUUGGACUGAGAUCUGGGGCCGCCAUGCUAUGUCGUGUUGGUUUGCCUGAACAGGGCAAAUAUUGAAUUGACCUAACCAUUGUACAAUAAAAAAUACUUACGGUCGAUCAUGGCCUACCGUA